AAUUAAAAUAGCUGUUAAGUGGAAUUGAACACACGGCCUUAGUAACUAUAAUUUUACUUAUAGAAUUAGAUUUCGUACGAGUUAAAUAGCAUUAUAAAUGGACGAAACUAUUUUCAAAUGGUACCUUUCCAGAUCUGCAUUUGGCCUAUAUAUAAACCAUGUUAGAUGGUGUGCAAAAUAGCGAAACCAAGCAGCAUGGGAUUAUCACUGUCGUGUAACGCAAGCGCCCCACGUGACAUUGGCUCUGAAGCUAGCCCAGGGCUUCUGCCUGUAACUGAUCUAAUCGGUAAACGUUAUCCAUUCACAAACCUUGUCUUCGAAGGAUGCGGUGUUAAAGGCUAUGCUUUUGUUGGAACUCUGAAGUUUCUUCCUUUCACAAUCCAACAGGUCCUCGAAAAAGUCGGUAUUCUCUAUAAUAUUAAGCGAUUCGCAGGAAUGGGUAGCGGUGCUAUCGUAGCUUGCCUCUUGGCUAUUGGUUAUGAUGCAAAUUCUGUGCAGUCUCUACUUGAUAUGCACCUGCAAAGCUUGACUGUCGAUCUUCAAUAUACCCCCAAUGUUAGCCACGAAGAGGCGCUUGGGUGGAAAGACGGCCGUAGAUUUCAUGAUUGGUUAGGAGAAAUUUUGACACAUAGGUUUCAAGACGCUGACAUUUCCUUUCAGCAGUUAUACGACAAAAUUGGUCAUGAGCUGUGUAUUCCGGUCAUGAAUUUAAAUCAAAAUAAAAUGGAAUAUUUCCACCCGAAGACUACUCCCGACUUUGUCAUCCGACGGGCAGUUUCCUUAGCCAUGUCUAUCCCGGGUAUAUACCGUCCCCGCAAAUUAAGUCUGAGUGAGUCCUCCGGAGAUUUCUACAUGGAUGGUGGGAUUAUCUGCAACUAUCCAAUUCACUGCUUUGAUGGAUGGUGGCUAUCGAUGGAGCCCGGUGACCGCUUUCUUCGCAAAUGUCAACCGUCUGUUAACUUGAGUUCUUUGGAGCUUGACUGUUUCUUUGGAUUUAACCACAUGAGUCUUGGCAUUAUGACGUUUGACGAUUAUCACAACGACGAGAUAUACGAUAUAAUGAAACGGCGACUUGACCAAACCGGAGGCGUUGUCCCUUUGCCAGCAACCGAACUUAGCAUGAAAUGGAAAGAGGCCAGAGACAAGCUGCAACAGAUGCAACUAAUGUGUACGGGCUUUGAAGAAGCCUAUGAAAAACUAAGACAUAUUUUGGAGACACUUAAGGGAACUGACAACUUAGUAUCCAUAGUUAACUUGGUAGGAGAAGUGACCAAAGGCAAUAAUUUCAGUACGGCUGAAAUCAAUGUAUUAUUUGGAGUGGGUAACAACGCAAGAGAAUGUUACGAAUUGCUUCGAGCAUAUGCCAACAGUGAUGAUAGGAUGCCAGCUUUCAAGGUGGUGUCUUUUGUCGAGAGAAGACACUGGCAGUCUUUCUACGACUACAGCCAGAUAACACCAAAGUUUGCAGUGAAUAAUUUGUCUUCAUUUUGGGGAGCGGUUAAUAGUGUAUCGAACGAAAAGAACAAAGCAGUUACGAAAACCGAUUUGUUCCGCACUGUUGGCAUCUACACUGGUCACGUUACCAAUAAUGAUGAUAGCCUGCAUGAAGCCGACGCAGCCUACCUGUAUCAGCAUGGUUGGAACUGCGCUGUGGCAUUCUUGCGAGAUAUCAACCUGAUGUCCAUGCCUUCCACGUCAGGAGUGAAAAGCCUGCUAUCUAGUAGUUCAGAUACUUCCUGAAUCCGAAGACGAAUCCCUUUAAACGAAUUUGCAUCAACAAUGGCUACGAAUACCCGAAAAUCUUUGAUCAAUUUGAACUCGUCUAAAAUUUGCAGUUUUUUGUUUAUUUCAACGAAAUAGUUUAUGGCUUUAAUGAAUUGUUGUUAUCGAAAUAAAGUUU